UCUCAGCAGCCUGCAGAGAUCCACUUAGUGCUGACGUCAGUAAGCUCCUUAGCUCUGCAGAUGAAUGGAGAGACAACCUGGAAACGAUGUGUUUACCUUCACAGUGAACUAAGCGGUGGUGGAGACGGCGCCAUGGUAACAGGUGUGUGGUAGAGAGGCUUUCUGCUGACCCGACAGAACAUCAACAAGAUCUUCAGUCUGCAGCCGAGGCCCAACUUUGCCUGACAGCAUGGAGUGCAGCGGCCAGGUGACGCCGCACCUGAUGCUGGCUGUGGGAACGGCUGUGAUUGGCUCUCUGCAGUUUGGCUACAACACCGGCGUCAUCAAUGCUCCUCAGAACACCAUAGAGAGCUUCUACAAUGAAACGUGGAGCAGCAGGUUUUCGGAGCCCAUCUCUCAGAGCGCCCUGACAGCUCUGUGGUCGGUGUCCGUGGCCAUCUUCUCUGUCGGAGGAAUGCUGGGCUCCUUCUCCGUCGGCCUUUUCGUCAACCGCUUCGGCAGGAGGAACUCCAUGCUCGUGGCCAACGCUUUAGCCUUCAUUGCUGCUGCAUUCAUGGGCUUUUCCAAACUGGCUGCUUCCUUUGAGAUGCUGAUUGUUGGACGUUUCAUUGUGGGAAUCUACUCUGGCCUCUCCACUGGCUUUGUGCCCAUGUAUGUAGAAGAAAUCUCCCCGACCUCGCUCCGAGGAGCCCUGGGAACUCUGCAUCAGCUUGGUGUAGUGAUCGGGAUUCUGGUGGCGCAGAUUUUCGGGCUGGAAUCCAUCAUGGGGAACGCCUCUCUGUGGCCUCUUCUUUUGGGUUUCACUCUGGUGCCAGCCAUCCUGCAGUGUGCUCUGCUGCCCUUCUGUCCCGAGAGCCCCAGAUAUCUCCUGAUCAACUGCAACGAGGAGAGCAAAGCCUGCAGCGUCUUAAUGAAGCUGCGAGGCGCCGAUGAGGUGAACGAGGACAUCCGGGAGAUGAGGGAGGAAAGCCAGAAGAUGAUGAGGGAGAAGAAGGUGACCAUGGCGGAGCUGUUCCGCUCCCCCGUCUAUCGCCAGCCCAUGAUGGUCGCCAUCAUGCUGCAGCUGUCCCAGCAGCUGUCAGGAAUCAACGCCGUGUUCUACUACUCCACCGGGAUCUUCGAGCGAGCCGGAGUGGCCCAGCCGGUGUAUGCGACCAUCGGCGCCGGCGUGGUCAACACAGCUUUCACCGUGGUGUCUCUGUUCGUGGUGGAGCGCAUGGGCAGGAGGCCCCUCCACCUCAUCGGUCUGAUGGGGAUGGCGGUGUCAGCCGUUUUCCUGACCGUUGCCAUGGCAUUACUGGACCAGCUCAGGUGGAUGUCCUACGUCAGCAUCGUGGCCAUCUUCAGUUUCGUAGCCUUCUUUGAAAUCGGGCCGGGCCCCAUCCCCUGGUUCAUCGUCGCUGAGCUCUUCAGCCAGGGCCCCCGACCCGCCGCCAUCGCUGUGGCAGGACUUUCUAACUGGUCUGCCAACUUUUUGGUUGGGAUGUGUUUCCAGUAUGUGGAGCAACUGUGCGGCCCUUACGUCUUCAUCAUCUUCACCGUCCUGCUGCUCGGCUUCUUCGUCUUCACCUACUUCAAGGUGCCAGAAACGAAGGGCCGCACCUUUGAUGAGAUCGCAGCCGGCUUCCGCCACUCCGCCGGUCAGGGCGCUGACAAGUACUCUGCUGCUGAGGAGUUCAACACGCUGAGGGGAGAUGACCCUGACCUCUGAAGGGUCAUGUGAUGAUAGAU